AUGGUAGAUAAGAACUCAGAUCAAAGUAUUAUGGAUAAAUCCAUGAGAUCCGUUUUCGUGGGGAACAUUCCAUAUGAAGCUACAGAGGAGAAAUUGAAGGAUAUAUUCUCAGAAGUAGGACCUGUUAUAUCUCUAAAGCUUGUUUUUGAUCGAGAAAGUGGAAAGCCGAAAGGUUAUGGAUUUUGUGAAUACAAAGAUCAGGAAACAGCACUGUCAGCUAUGAGAAAUCUCAAUGGAUAUGAAAUUGGUGGCAGAACAUUGAGGGUUGAUAAUGCUUGUACAGAAAAAUCGAGAAUGGAAAUGGCUGCAUUGCUAUCUGGUCCUCAAGUUGAAAAUCCUUAUGGUGAUCAUUGUAGUCCAGAAGAAGCACCAGAAAUCAUUAGCAAGACUAUUGCGUCACUUCCUCCAGAGCAAAUGUACGAGCUAAUGAAGCAAAUGAAGCAAUGCAUUCAAAAUAAUCCACAUGAAGCACGUCAAAUGCUCAUCCAGAAUCCUCAACUUGCUUAUGCUUUAUUACAAGCUCAAGUCGUUAUGAGAAUCAUUGAUCCAGCUACUGCUGUGACAUUCUUAUUCAAACCAAACAUCAUGCCGCCAGUCUUGACUACACAAUCGACAACACAAAGUGUUCAAGCAAUGAUGAAUACGACAUUAGCAGGCAUGGGACAGCCACCAUUAAGCAUGCAGCCAGCUAUUCCAGUACCGUUUUCACAAGAUAUCGAUUUGAGAGCUGAUCCUCGUCUUGGUCGACAACAACAAAUGCCACCAAGUUCGAUGGAUAUGGAUAUGCGAAUGAUGCCAAGUCAAAUGCAAAUUCCACCUGUUUUUGAUCAACGAUCGAUUCCACAACAAACACCACAGGCAUCAUCAAAUCCAAGACAAUUUCCAGCAGAUCCAAGACAACGAGGUUCUGAUCCAAGAGGAGAUCCUAGAGAUCCACGUGAUCCACGUCAAAAAGCUCAACAGCAAUCUCAAAGUUCACAGCUUGCUGCUCAAAUUCAUCGUGGGAUACAAAAUGAUGCAAGUGACCAAGAAAAAGCGGCGCUUAUUAUGCAAGUCUUGAAGCUGACUGACGAGCAAAUAGCAAUAUUGCCUGCUGAACAGCGUGCAAGCAUUUUAGCACUGAAAGAACAAAUUGCAAAAAGCGCCAAUUUGAAAUAA